AUGUCCUUUGAGGAUCUAUUUUUCUUCGAUAGGACAGGUGAUGACAUGCAAACUUUCUCUCAUAGCAUCACAGGAUGGGAUGUUAGCAAAAUCACCAACAUGUACAGAAUGUUCAGGGGUGCUACAUUCUUCAACCAAGACAUUUCUUCGUGGGAUACAGGUUCAGUUACUUCCAUGCAAGCCAUGUUCCGUGACGCAACCGCCUUCGAUAAAAACAUUGGCGGAUGGGAUCUCAGGGAAGUUGCACGUUCAGCAUCCAUGUUCCGUGGAGCUACCAGCUUUAAUCAAAACAUCGGUGGCUGGACAGUGAGCAAAGUAACACACCUUCCGAACAUGUUCAGAAAUGCCAACUCCUUCGAUCAAGAUAUUUCUGGUUGGGAUGUGUCAAACGUUUUGGAUAUGCAGAAUUUGUUCUUUGAGAACUAUUCCUUCAACCAAAACAUCAGUGGCUGGGAUGUCUCAAAGGUCACCAACAUGUUGCAAACUUUUAGCGCUGCAACAGCAUUCAACCAAAAUUUGUGUGCUUGGGGCGGCAAGGGGUCAGGGUGGGGUAGCACCUUUUCGGGAAGUGCUUGUUCAGAACACGGAGACCCAACGUUGCAGUCUGAUGGGGUAACAUGGUCUCCUUUGUGUCAUCUCUGCCCACUCCCCAGUGAAUCUCCCAGCCAAGCUCCAAGUUUAAGUCCCACUACCAGCCAGCUGCCAAGUGAGAAUCCCACUAAUGCACCCACUUCCUCCCCAAGCUCUGCUCCAAGUUCCUUUCCAAGCAGGUCUCCGAGUAGCUCGCCAUCCGCGAGCCCACCCAAAACCCCAGAACCAAGUAGCUCGCCAUCCGCGAGCCCACCCAAAACCCCGGAACCAAGUAGCCCACCAAGUAUUUCACCAUCUCAUGUCCCAUCAUUGGAACCUUCUACAGUGCCAUCUUCUUAUGCCCCAUCCAUGGCACCUUCUCAUUUGCCAUCUUCUAAUCCAACUACAAGCCCUACAACUGCAUUUCCCACCACUGGUGCCCCAACAGCCGUUCCUUCAGAAUCCCCUUCUUCUGAUCCAACGACAAUUCCUACAACAUCCUCUUCCAAUGCUGUUGUUGGUUUAAGUGUGUAUGAUCAUAAUGCAGGUCCUGGUGAUGGUGCAAAGUACUUUGUAACAGAGGAUACAACCAUCACCAAUCCCGGCUCCAUUUCCCUUGGGAUUUGGGCAGAUGUUCAUGAUCCGUUGGUGACCCAAGUGUUUUUUCAGGUUAGUGGGGGGUCCCGAAAUGAUGGUUCUUUUACUUUUGCCUCCAAUUUGGGUGACAACAAAUGGAGCUAUGGCAUUUUUUGGGACCAAGUUUCGGAUCCUUCUGGUACAGUCAUAAUGGUCGCGGCCAUACCGUAUAUUGGAGGUACGCCUGGAACAAGUCUUUCCGUUACAAUCACUAUAAACUACUAG